CCGAAUAGCUUAGGUUAUGUUUUAAAAGCACUUUGGAUUAAGAUCUUCUUGGCUUAUACGAAUCGCUUGCUAAGCUCGAUUCGAAGUAUCAUCUCGUCAUUUACCAAAUGAUACCACGAGUUUGAGAACAAUAACAAACUUCGCCCGUUGUAUUUGAGUUUCGCUUCUUGUAUUUGUUUUAGAUAAAACGUGAUAUAAAUCUAUAGCAAAAUGAUUAUCCCAAAGGACGGACAUUAUCCCUUCUUGGCUGAUGCCAUACCUGAGGAAUUCAAGAAGAAAGCGGAAGCAGAACUUUUCGAAAACGACGCAAGCAGAAGAUCAGGCCUUCAACAACUCAGAGAAUGCGUUCUUAAUGAAAAAGAUCUUGAUUGCCGUACUACAGACGAUUUCCUGCUGAAAUUUCUUAGAGCGAGAAAAUUUAACAUUCCAAAAGCAUUAAGUUUGUUAAAGAAACACAUGGCUUUCAAGAGCAAAAACAAAGAUAUUUUCACUGGCUUUGAUUAUGAUGUCAUGUCGGCUGUCAUCAAAGAGAAAGUAUUUGGCUUCCUCCCACACAGAUGCACAGAUGGCUGUGCGGUUUUAGUCGUUCAUUUGGAUAACUGGAAUCCAAGCAAAUUCAGUAUAAAAGACAUCAGCAGAUCUAUCGUCCUAUUCUUCUACCACUCAAUCCGAGAUCCUCUGACGCAAAUCAAUGGAUAUAAAGUCAUUUUGGAUGUCAGCAGCAGGGGAUUGAAACAUUUACGAUUCUGCACGCCGUCCAACCUUUAUUUAUUGUACAACGGAACUCAAGAAUGCUUUCCUGGUCGAUUCAAAGGAAUCCAUAUCAUGAACAUGUCAAGAGCUUUCCAAUUGGCCUACACAGUGGUUUAUCCCUUCCUAUCAGAAAAAUUGAAGAAAAGAAUCAUAUUCCACGAUAACUACGAUUCCCUUCAGGAAUACUUCCCUAAAAGCCUGAUACCUGUUCAUUUCAACGGUGAGCUCAAAGAAUAUGAUACCAUGCCAUGGCUACGAAAUGCUCUUAAGAGCGAAAACCUUGAGCGGCUUGCUCAUUGAUUCGAGCAUUAUUCAUCAUUCAUCAUGUGAUUUUCAUUUUGUGAUAGUUAUGAGCUGUUAUUUUGUGACUCAUAACACUAUGGCGGGACCAUAACAUAGUUUACAAGAAAUUGACGAACAGUUUCUUUAUGCCAAUUUGCUGAAUUCCUAUUGCAAUUUGUGUUAUUUUUAGUAUAAUCGGAAAAUGUAACUUAACUAAUCUUUGCUUGUCUCUUCCUACAAAGAAAGUGGCAUUGAAGUGAACUGAAAUGAUGUAACAUAAAAAAAUUAUUUUUCGUAAAAUCUUAAAUUAGAAUUUCGAUUUUUCAGUUAUCAAUUUUUAAAAUAUUGUAAGGAACUGAUAAACCAGAGAAAAGAAAAGAUAAUAUAUUAUAUAUUACAAUUGAUCAGACGUUUUUUCCCCAAAAACUUUAUAGUAAUUUUUCAUUAAUUUAAAAUACCUGAAUUAUUUGAAUACGAAUUGUGUUAGAUUUUUUUUGCUUCAAGGAUUGAUUAAUUUUGUAUUUUCCCAUUGUAAGAUUUUGAAUCUUUUUUUUAUUAAUUAGCAUGCAUAUCACUUAUAUUGAUUUUAUAUCCGUAUUUUAAUGCCAACAAAUACGUUAUGAAAUGAAUAAAUUAUUCAAUUUAAAACUGCAAGGCAUCAAAAAUGUUCAAAAAAAUUUGGUAGGAAACAACAAAGAAUUUUGUAUUGAAAAAUAUAUUUAAUAUUUAAAAUAUUUUAUUUUAUUUUUUCGUACCAAUUCAGUUUUCCUUAAUUUUACUAUCGCAAAAUUAUUAUUAAACACAUUAAACAUAUUAUUUUGAAUUGAAAAAUAUAUUUAAUAUUUAAAAUAUUUUCUUUUAUUUUUUCGUACCAAUUCAGUUAUCCUUAAUUUUAUUAUCGCAAAAUUAUUAUUAAACACAUUAAACAUAUUAUUUGGCAUUGAAAAAUAUAUUUAAUACUUAAAAUAUUUUCUUUUAUUUUUUGGUACCAAUUGAGCUAUUCUUAGCUUUAUUAUCACACAAAUAUUGUUAAAUACAUUAAACAGAUUAUUUUGCAUUGAAAAAUAUAUUUAAUAUUUAAAGUAUUGUUUUAUUUUUUCCCUAACAAUUGAGCUAUUCUUGGGUUUAUUAUCGCAAGAAUAUUUUUCAACAUGUGGAUUAUGGAUUAGAAGUAUUAACAAAUAAUGAAUUUGUUAUUAGUGGAACUUUUAGGUCGUAAUUUUCAUGUGCUUAAAAAGAUUUUUUUUUUUUAAAUUUUGAAAAUUUUUCAAAUGCGUUGUAAAUAUUCAUUUACUUGUAAAUAAAGUGUUUUGUAAAUAAUAUCAUUUUAACUCUUAUAUUUCGUAAAUUAUAAAUUUUUUUUCAAUUAAAUUUGGUAAAAGUUAGCUUUAGACUUCCACCUGUGUAGAAUAACUAUUGACCAUUUUUUGUCAAUACACUGUGAUUUUACAUUUUUUGUUUGGAAAUUAAAGGAAUAGGUUAACACUUCCUUUAAAAAUGCUACCUAAGCAUUAUUGUUCAGUAUUAAGACAUUUUUAAAUCAUAAUUUCAUAAUACUGAGGGUAUGAUAGGAAAUAUCUUUCUUUAAUACCAAAGAUUCCUAUUUUGUCUUGAACGUGUCUUUAUUGUUUUUGGAAUGGAAAGUUUAUGCUAAUGGAAUUGUAUAAUUUUGUAUUUCUGUUAACGUUUCAUGAAUUUAUUCUUUUUUUCUGUCUUUUUUUAUUAACUUAUUUGGAUAUGCCUUAUA